GACAAACAAGAAGCCACUGAGAAAUCACUAUAAAAAGUAAUCACCAUAAAAAGUUUGUAUUUUUAGCUUGUUAUUUAAAUAAUAUUAAUUCAACAAAAUGUCAUCUUCAACAAAUACACGAAAGGUUGCACUUAUUACUGGAAUAACUGGACAGGAUGGAUCAUACUUGUGUGAAUAUUUACUUGAAAAAGGUUAUGAAGUUCAUGGCAUAAUACGUCGUUCAAGUUCAUUUAAUACUGGGCGUAUUCAGCAUCUAUACAAAGACAAAGCAGGACACAUUGGAGGAAAUAUGCAUUUGCACUAUGGUGAUCUAACAGAUUCUUCCUGUUUACUAAACAUUGUCAGUCAGACUAGACCAACAGAGAUUUAUAACUUAGCUGCUCAGAGUCAUGUAAAGGUUUCCUUUGACUUGGCUGAAUACACUGCUGAUGCAGAUGCUAUGGGAACCUUGCGACUAUUAGAAGCUGUAAAGAUUUGUAACUUGAUUGGUGAAGUCAGGUUUUAUCAGGCAUCAACGAGUGAGUUGUAUGGUAAAGUUCAUGAAAUACCUCAAAAAGAAACAACUCCAUUUCAUCCAAGAUCACCAUAUGGAGUUGCAAAACUUUAUGGUUAUUGGAUUGUAACAAACUAUCGUGAAGCUUAUGGUUUGCAUGCAAGUAAUGGAAUUUUGUUUAACCAUGAAAGUCCAAGAAGAGGAGAAACAUUUGUUACAAGAAAAAUUACCAGAGCUGUUGCAAAAAUACAUCUUGGUUUACAAGAUGAGUUAGUACUUGGAAAUAUUGACUCUGUUCGAGAUUGGGGGCAUGCAAAAGAUUAUGUUGAGGCAAUGUGGUUAAUGUUGCAACAAGAAUCUGCAGAUGAUUAUGUGAUUGCAACUAACGAAACACAUACUGUUAGAGAGUUUGUGGAAAAAGCAUUUAGUCUUGUUAAUGUAAAAAUCAGAUGGGAAGGUAAAGGAGCUAAUGAGGUGGGUUUUGAUGACAUCUCUAACAAAAUUCGAGUUAGAAUCAGUCCAAAGUAUUACCGUCCGGCAGAAGUUGAAUAUUUGCAAGGUGACCCUUCAAAAGCUGAGAAAGUAUUGGGUUGGAAAAGAAAAGUCUCCUUUGAUGAGCUCGUUAAAGAAAUGGUAGAGGCAGAUAUUCAACUUAUGAAAACCAACCCUGAAGCUUAGUUUAUUAUGUUAUUUUUUAAAUUUAGAAAGUUCUUAGAAGUUUUAAAUAAGUAAGUACCAAUUUUGUGGGAAAAAAUAUUUUAAAAUUGUGAUUCUGAUGGAGAAAAAAAAAAUUUUAAUAGGUAUCUUAGUUGUUUAAUUUAUUUUUUCUUAUUUUUAUGUUCAUUUUUCUUAUAUUUUCAUAUAUCUUUAUUUAAAUUUUGCCGUGAUUGUGUAAUUUUUUAUUAUGAUGUAUCUUAUAGAUUUUUUAUAAUGAUGUCAUCUUGUAAAUUUUUUUACAAUUAUGUCAUUGGUGGAGUUAUUUAUGCUGUUAUUUACAUUUUAAUACUGAUAAGAUAUGUUUUUGUAAAGAUGAAACUUGA